GGGCUUUAAAGGGGGGAGGUGGGACUGGGGCUGACAUCAGCCGAAAUGCGGGGGGCUCGAGCCCAGCAGCCGGCGGGGGACCCGGAAAGGGAGCAGCGCUGGGGUCGCCUGUUCGAAGAGCUGGACAGCAACAAGGACGGGCGGGUGGACAUCCAUGAGCUGCGGGAGGGGCUGGCACGGCUGGGCACCGGUGCCCGCUCCAACGCAGAGCAGGAGAUCCUGCAGGAGGGGGACACGGACCGUGAUGGAGAGUUGGACCUGGAGGAGUUCACACAUUAUCUGCAGGAAAGGGAACGGCGGCUACUGCUGAUGUUUCACAGCCUGGACCGCAACAAUGAUGGCCACAUCGAUGUCUCAGAGAUCCAGCAAAGUUUCCAGGCCCUGGGCAUCUCCAUCUCCCUGCAGCAAGCCGAGAAAAUCCUGCACAGUAUGGAUCGUGACGGCACCAUGACCAUCGACUGGCAGGAGUGGCGGGAUCACUUCCUCCUAAACCCGCUGGAGAACAUGGAGGAGGUCAUGCACUUCUGGAAGCACUCAACUGUCCUGGACAUUGGGGAAUGUCUGACCGUGCCAGAUGAGUUCUCUGAGCAGGAGAAACGGUCGGGCAUGUGGUGGAAGCAGCUGGUGGCCGGGGCCGUAGCGGGCGCCGUGUCGCGCACGGGCACAGCCCCGCUUGACCGCCUCAAGGUCUUCAUGCAGGUCCACGCCUCCAAGACGAACCAGCUGAAUGUGCUGGGGGGUCUGCGGAGCAUGAUUCGAGAGGGAGGCAUCCGCUCCCUGUGGCGAGGCAAUGGUAUCAAUGUACUCAAAAUUGCUCCUGAGUCAGCCAUCAAGUUCAUGGCCUAUGAGCAGAUCAAGCGAGCGAUCCGGGGGCAGCAGGAGACGCUGCGGGUGCAAGAGAGGUUUGUGGCUGGUUCCCUGGCAGGGGCCACAGCCCAAACCAUCAUCUACCCCAUGGAGGUGCUGAAGACACGGCUGACCCUGCGGCGGACAGGCCAGUACAAGGGGCUCGGCGACUGCGCCAGGCAGAUCCUCCAGCGGGAGGGACCCCAGGCCUUCUACAAGGGCUACCUGCCCAACGUGCUGGGCAUCAUCCCCUACGCGGGCAUCGACCUGGCCGUCUACGAGACCCUGAAAAACAGGUGGCUCCAGCAGUACAGCCAGAAUUCUGCAGACCCAGGCAUCCUGGUCCUCCUAGCCUGUGGCACCAUCUCCAGCACCUGUGGCCAGAUAGCCAGUUACCCCUUGGCGUUGGUUCGAACCCGGAUGCAGGCCCAAGCCUCCAUUGAGGGUGCCCCACAACUGACCAUGCUGGGCCUGUUUCGCCACAUCCUGUCCCGGGAGGGAAUAUGGGGACUAUACCGGGGCAUCGCCCCCAACUUCAUGAAGGUGAUCCCAGCUGUGAGCAUCAGCUACGUUGUCUAUGAGAACAUGAAAAUGGCCCUGGGGGUCACCUCCAGGUGAGCGACACCUUCCUUCCAGGGGUCAAGGGGGCAGGGAAAGAUGGGGCGUCUGAGAUCCAUUACCACCUGCUGCUGAAAACCUGCUGACACCAUCCCUCGUCCCCUGGAUCCCCUGGUCACAAGACAAAACCCUGAUUGGAAAAUGGGAAAGCCUCCCAGGAAUGGUCUCCGCUUUCCCCGGAGAGCUGACACUGGAUCCUGAGUGGAAUCCAGCUCAAAGAUCUCUGUCCACACCUCACGCUAUUGACACUGGAUCCCCCAGGAUCUUUCCCCCACAAUCCAUCCAUUCCUGGUGGAAACCGCCUGGCCCACGGAUGUACACGGAAUCCAAGAUCUGUCUAGAAUUGACACUGGCUGCUGGAGGGGCCCUCCAAGAGACCCCCAUCUCCCACUCCUGGCACUGCCAUUCCUUCACUGCCGACCCACACUGGAUCCCAGAUCCCAACCACAUUCAGUCCAGGAGACCCACUGCCAGCCAAACAGAUCCCCUGGAUUCCCAGAACCAGCUGCUCAUUGGGCACCCCGCUCCCCCUAGAGCCUUUCAUUAAUUGGGGGAUUAGGGGAGCAUUCCUGAAGCUUGGUCUGGUCUCUCCUUCCAGUCAGGAGCAAGGGAUUGCCAUCUUCGCUGUCCCUGGAAUCCCCAGGCUCCAGCCCCUUGGGGUCGGCCAGGCCCCAGCUUGCUGAGUCAGCCAGUCCAGGGUGGCCAUCUCUGAGGUUCGGAGUCAGGGACAGAUUCCCUCUCCCUGUUACGCUGUCGGUCCCUCUGUCACCGGCCGCCCACACUCCCAAUUAUGCAAAAUAGAAUCAACAUCAAAUCUAUUUUUCUACUGGGGGAGGGCCGGGGGAAAAGGCUCCUGGGAUACCAUGGGGCCCUUCUAAGGUGGCCAGAUCACUGCCCCAGCUCCACCCCAGCUCCUGUCCUGGGGGACUCUCUGUAUAUUUUGCACUUUAUAGUUGGACUCCAUGACUUUGGAGGGACUCACCUGGGGUGGGGCGGGAUUAAUUCGAGCAGGCAUCUUCAUGCAAGCUAUUCAAAGGUUUACCUCCUCCUGCUUCCGGUUCCCAGCAUGUUGACUGAGGACAGGAUGGACAGGGGGUGGAGAAGCUCUGACACUCAUAGCUGGGGACCCCACUGGGAUGAGGGGGCCAGAUUGACUCCCCAAAGUUUCCAAAUUGUAAUGCCAUGACCCUGGAAGCUUCGGGAGAAAAGAAGAGGGGAUGAACUGUCCCUCUUCCCAGAUGGGAAAUGAUUUUUCUAAGCUGCAUUCCAGCCUCCUUUCUCCCUGUCUCCCCUGACCCAAGAGGGCGGUAUCCCCCCAGAUGGGCUCCCCAAAUCACCGUGGGCUUUAGAUGUUGUUAUUUCAAAGGGAAAGAAGCUAAUAAAUUUUCCAAGCUCCCUGUG